AAGCAUUAAAACAACGCAAAAAGUAACAGAGGGGUCCUCUAAAUUCUAAAUCAAUGCCGCAAUAUCUAACAAACCAUUCACUGAAUUAAAUUCAUAAUAAUGGCGGAAUAAAUGAAUGCGAGCAUAAAGGAGUUGUGGGAGAGGAAAUGGGUUCGAGUCUCGGCGACACUAGGAUGGACGUUAAUCUGUUGAACCAGCAGCUUGUUAACCUUGUCACUUCGAUGUUUCAAGAGGGUUUUCUUGAUGAGCAGUUCACUCAGCUUCAAAUGUUACAAGAUGCAAGGAACCCUGGUUUUGUUGCUGAUGUGAUUUCUCUUUUCUCUGUGGACUCUGAAAGGCUUCUCGCAGAACUCACAAAAACACUUGAACAAUAUCCUGCUGAUUUUAAGAAGGUUGAUGCAUAUGUCCAUCAAUUCAAGGGGAGUAGCUCAAGCAUAGGAGCUUAUCGAGUCAAGAUAGCUUGCAUGGACUUCCAUUCAUUUUGUGAAGGUCAUAAUCGAGAAGGAUGCCUACUAGCUUUGCAACAACUAAAGCAAGAGUUCUAUCUUGUUAAAACCAAACUGGAUGUCAUGUUGCAGAUGGAGCAAAAACUACUGGCCGCAGGUGGUGUUAUACCAAUGGAGUAAGCUUUAAAACUAACACUCUUAACUAACCUUAUAAGCGCACAAUGAGUUUUUUUGGUAUUGGUCUAUGAUAUGUCAAGCAGAGACCAAACACCUGUACUUAACAUUCAGGAAGAGUUUUGAGUAAGAAUUGAUAUGUUAUAUGAUACCUGAGUAGCUGCAUUUCAGAUACAAUUUUUGAAAGUAAUAUUUAGUUUUAGAUACUGUAUUAUCUGCGCUACUAGCUUGAAUACUAUAACUGGAUUGCACCAGUGGUCAUUCUUACAAUAUUUAAUGACUGCUUUUGUUGUGUAACUAAAGUGGGUCGCACCAGUGCUUUUGCAUUAUGUAUUAAAUCUUUUUGUAUUACACAUUUUGAAUCUGUGGUCUAAAGUUUCAUUGAAUUCAUUGGAGUGGAACAGCUUUCAACACUUUUGGAA